CUGAUUAGCAGGGUUUAGGAUGACGUACUGCAACUUUGUGGCUUGAUCACUCUGCUGCUCGCCUGGCUACCUCCUUUUGCAGGAAAAGGAUCCACCUGGAAUAGCUGUGUAGCCCGCUAUCCUGUCAUUUUGGGGGGAUUUUAUGUGAAUAUUUGUUUUAUCAUUUUUGGUGGCAGACUCCUCUGUCCACCCAGCACUAUGGACUUUCCUGAUUUGAGGUUGGUCAGAAUGGAUAUGAAGAGGGGAACCCUUGCCAAAACACAUUCUACAGCUCCUUUCUGGAACGGAUUACAAUUUUCCGACUGAAACUCUCCACGGGAACAUUGUUACUUAAAGGUCAACUGAGGUCUUAACUGUUACUGAAGAAAUAACAUUGAAAAUACUCGUUUUUACUAUUUUGUAUAUUCAAAUUUGUAUAUAUUUUUUUUAACCAAGUUUUGAUUUCAGGAAUAGUGUACACUCUGAGGUAAGCAUGGUGUUGAUGAAGGUAAAGUUUGACUUGCCGAAGCGGGUGAAGCUUGCCCAGGGCCUGUGGCUCAUGUACUGGCUAGCCGUGAUGACCGGCAUUCUGGUCUUCAGUCUGGGGCUGUUCUUUAAGAUCGAGCUCCGGAAGAGGAGUGAGAUGAUGGACAACAACGAGAGCCAUUUUGUGCCCAACCUGUUGAUUCUAGUUGGCCUGGCUGCUUGCGGGGUAAACGUUUUCGGCGGCAAGGUGUGCCACGACUCUCUGGAUGCUUUGAAGUUCGCCAAGUGGAAGCCCAUGGUCAAGGGCUACCUGAUGGGCUGCUUCGCUUUCAACAUCCUCCUGUUCUUCACAGCUCUGCUGUGCUUCUGCAUGCAGUUCCAGUUGUACUUUUCCCUGGCUGAGGGUCUGAAGAAUGGGAUCAAAUACUACAAGGAUACGGACACACCUGGGCGCUGCUUCAUGAAGAGGACGCUGGACAUGACCCAGAUCGAGUUCCGCUGCUGUGGCAACAACAACUAUAGGGAUUGGUUUGAGGUCCAGUGGAUCAGCAACCGCUAUCUGGACUUCAGCAACGAUGAGGUCAAAGACCGUGUCCUGAGCAACGUGGAGGGGAAGUUCCUGAUGGAGAGUGUGCCGUUCAGCUGCUGCAACCCCGGCUCCCCCAGACCCUGCAUCCAGCACCAACUGACCAACAACUCAGCCCACUAUGACUACGACCACCACACCGAGGAGCUCAACAUCUGGACCCGGGGCUGCCGCGAGUCCCUGGUCGCCUACUACGGAGGCAUGAUGAACAGCAUCGGGGGCCUGAUGCUACUGUACAUCAUACUGGAGGCAGGAGUGAUGGUGGGCUUACAGUACCUGACCACUUCUCUGGAGACUAUGGCCGACCCAGAGAACCCGGAGAGUGAGAGCGAGGGCUGGCUUCUGGAGAAGAGUGUGAAGGAGACGGUGGCAGACGUCAUAGCAAAGAUCAAGGGCCUGGUCGGUGCAGGGAACCAUGUGGGGGAGGUUGAGGAGGGGGUGGCUACUGUGAGUUGAAAGGGUCUCACCCAAAGGGACUAUCGACGGGAGCUCAAAGAGAACUGGAAGGAGAGACAUCUUUCUCUGUGAAACAACACAUACUCAAACACACACACACAGACACAUCAAUGCACA